GGGGCGGGCGGGGGCGCGGGAAGGGCUGAGGGGUAGGCGGCUCCCCGCCGCCUCCGCCGAGGCCUGUGCCGGCUCCCCGCCGCCGCUCGGCCGUAUCAUCCGCGAUGGACAAGAUCCUGGAGGGCCUGGUGAGCUCGUCGCACCCGCUGCCGCUGAAGCGGGUGAUCGUGCGGCGGGUGGUGGAGUCGGCCGAGACGCCUCUGAGCCAGGCGCAGUGCCGCGCCAUGUUCGCCCUCAGCACCCGGCUGCUGCUCCAGGGCCCGGACCCGUUCCAGCGGCAGGUGGGCCGGCAGGUGCUCGAAGCCUACGGGCGCUACCACCGCGCCGAGUUCGAGGCUUUCUUCAACAGGGGGCUCGUCCUCGGCCUCCUGCAGCGCGGCUACGGCGAGCUGAGCAACCGCGACCCCGCCAUCCUCGACUACAUCCAGGCCGGGCUGCGCCUCAUCAUGAGCUGCCCUUCGGUGCUGGAGCUGUUCGAGUUGCUGCAGGUGGAGGCUUUGAGGCUGGUUUGCGAGCGGCCGCCGCCGCCGCUCUGCGCCCGCCUCUGCCAGCUGCUGGGUGACUUCCCGCAGUGCCUGCCCCGUGGCAGAAAGCUCUCCCUCGCCUUUUGUCAGCAGCUGGUGCGCAGCAUCGCCCACUUCCAAAGCCAGGGCAGCCGGGAGGCCGAGCUGCGCCUCUACGUCUCGCAGGUGACACAGGUCAGCGGGCUGCUGCGCAGCGUCUGGAAGGCAGAGCCCGACACGCUGCUGCCAUCCUUGCAGGAGCUCUUCGCUGUUAUCUCUGCUGCCGAUACUUCAUUUGAACCUUCUGUUGCACUGGCGAGUCUCGUGCAGCACAUACCAUUACAGAUGAUUACAGUACUCAUCAGGAGCCUUACUACAGAUCCAAAUGUGAAAGAUGCAAGUAUGACUCAAGCUCUGUGCAGAAUGAUUGACUGGUUGUCCUGGCCUCUGGCUCAGCACGUGGAAACGUGGGUGAUUGCACUGCUGAAAGGACUGGCUGCAGUCCAGAAAUUUACCAUCCUCAUUGAUGUCACGUUGCUUAAGAUCGAAUUGGUCUUUAAUCGACUUUGGUUUCCUCUAGUGAGGCCUGGUGCCCUUGCUGUCCUUUCCCACAUGUUACUUAGUUUUCAGCAUUCUCCAGAAGCUUUUCAUUUGAUUGUUCCACAUGUGGUCGAUUUGGUUCACUCCUUCAAAAGAGAUGGUUUGCCUUCCAGUACAGCCUUUUUGAUGCAGUUGACUGAGUUAAUACACUGUAUGAUGUAUCAUUAUUCAGGAUUUCCAGAGCUCUAUGAACCCAUUCUGGAAGCUGUUAAGGAUAUGCCCAAACCCACUGAAGAGAAGAUUAAGUUGAUUCUCAAUCAGAGUGCCUGGACUUCUCAAUCCAGUUCUUUGCCAUCUUGUUUAUCUAGACUUUCAGGAAAAUCUGAAACUGGGAAGACAGGUCUAAUUAAUCUAGGAAAUACUUGCUACAUGAACAGUGUUAUUCAGGCACUUUUUAUGGCUACAGAUUUCAGGAGACAUGUUUUAUCUUUGAAUCUAAAUGGGUGUAAUUCACUAAUGAGGAAACUACAGCAUCUUUUUGCAUUUUUGGCACAUACCCAGAGGGAGGCAUAUGCUCCUAGAAUUUUCUUUGAGGCUUCCAGACCACCGUGGUUCACCCCUCGAUCCCAGCAGGAUUGCUCAGAAUAUCUCAGAUUCCUACUAGACAGGCUGCAUGAAGAAGAGAGAACCUUGAAAGCAUUGUCUGCAGCAAAGACUUCCGAAAGUAUAAUGAAUGAAGAGUCUCAGACGCAGGAAGCUGUCCAUAAAGCACAAGUAUUUACUGAAGCACCUUGUAUGGGAAGUGAAGAAAGAACUCUGAUAGAGAAGAUGUUUGGAGGAAAAUUGAAGACUAAUAUAUGCUGUUUGAACUGCAAAAGUACAUCUCAAAAGGAAGAAGCUUUCACAGAUCUGUCUCUGGCUUUCUGUCCUCCAACUUCCUUGGAGAACAUUGGCCCAAAAUGUAUGGAGUGUUCUGAAGUGAAAGAUGACUACACGGUGCAAACUGAUACUUCAGCAACUAGUCCUGCUGGAGAAACACCUCUCAAUUUGGAAGUAAAUGGUGGAUGUGAUACAGUACUGAAUGAAGGAAUCAUGAAAGAUAUUUCUACUGAGCCAAACUCUGAGAAUACCAUAAAUUCUGAACUCAACAAAGUUCAAGAGAGUGGGGAUAUGUCUCAGAGGCUAGUGGGUAAAAGCACCCUGUCAGUUACAGACUUACUGAAUUACUUCCUGGCACCUGAGAUCCUCAGUGGAGACAAUAAAUAUUAUUGUGAAAAGUGUGCCUCUCUACAGAAUGCUGAGAAAACUAUGCAAAUCAUUGAGGAACCUGAAUACCUCAUUCUCACUCUUCUGAGAUUUUCGUAUGAUCCAAAGUGUCAUAUAAGGCGCAAAAUCUUGGACAAUGUGUCUCUGCCACUUGUUUUGGAACUGCCAGUCAAAAGAGCAACAUCCCCUCUAGCUGUAGUUUCAGGAGGUUGGUCUGUUGGUGUUGAGAGUUCUGAUACUGGAGAAAACCUUGCUAAAAAAUUGAAGCCCUCAGGUGCUGAUGAAGUGACCUGCCCACAGCUGGUGCCCUAUGUGUUAAGCUCUGUGGUGGUGCAUUCUGGUGUAUCCUCUGAAAGUGGCCAUUAUUAUUCAUAUGCUAGGAAUGUUACUGGGUCAGGGCCUUCAGGACUCUGCCACCAGUCUACAGCUCUUUCUUUAGUUUCUCCCCAGGAUAAGUUGUUGACAGAGGAGAGUCAUUGUACUGUUAUAGAAAACGAGCUGGACACUGAGAUGCCAAGAGAAUGGUUUCUCUUCAAUGACAGCAGAGUGACAUUUACCUCAUUUCAGUCAGUCCAGAAAAUUACCAGUAGAUUUCCAAAGGACACUGCCUAUGUUCUGUUUUACAAAAAACAAAAUAGCACCUGUGGCUUCAACACCAAUUCGGCAAAUGGACUCUGGUUAAAUGGAGACCCUCCCCUUCAAAAAGACCUCAUGGAUGCAAUUACAAAAGAUAACAAACUGUACUUGCAGGAGCAAGAGCUUAGUGCUCGAACGCAAGCACUUCAGGCUGCCUCAGCCUCGUGCUCUUUCCGACCCAAUGGAUUUGAUGACAAUGAUCCUCCAGGAAGUUGUGGACCUACAGGUGGAGGAGGAGGGGGUGGGUUCAGUACUGUUGGUAGAUUAGUAUUUUGACUACGAAGACAACCUGGAAUACACUGGUUCCAAAGCAGCCCAGUACUGCUGAGGACAACUAAAAUAUUGAACUUCGUCAGAUAUCAUAUGAAGUUUUGAGACUUAAUCCUUGUGCAAAAGCAAAUGUUGGGAUUUUUUUGGUUGUUUUAUUUGAAAUAAAUAAGCGCAUAAUGGAAAAAAAACUACCUCUUAAAAAUUCAGUUGCUUUUAUAGUAAGAUAUGCUUGCCCAAAAGACAAAAAAAUGGCCAUUUUUAAGUAGUUGCUAAUGACACUGCAUUAUACUGAGCAAAUGCACUUGUAUCGGUUUCUAUUAUCCUCAUCCACUGAAUGAAGAAACUUCAUUUUUUACUUUGGCAGUAUUGGUUUAUGUGAAAGUCCUCUCUGAUGGGCUAAACUGCAUACGUAGUCUCUCAGCUCCACCUUAUUUUCAAGUCCAGUACCUUUAUGGAUUUCCAGAGAUGAUGCAAUUUACAACGAAGGCAAUAACUUAAAUGUGACAUGAUACAGUACUUUCCAGAUGAAAAAUUAUUCAAUAUAUUUCCAGUGUAAAUGUAAAGAAAAAUGAAUUUAUAAAUAUUUGCUAAGUUGUUUUCCAAAAAAGUGCAUGUUCUGUAGGAACAGUUUUUAAAUAGAAAUUAACUUUGUAGCAUUUCUAACUGUUUUGAGAAUUUUAAAAUAAUUUCAGGGAAUAUAUCUGUUGUUUGUUGGAAAGGAAUAGAUUCUGUAUGUGCCUUGCAGUACCGUAAUUUAAAACAAACUUUCUGAGGCUGCAGAAAAGGAGAGAAAUGCAUUAGUAGGCAAUUUUUUUAGACAAUAUUAGAAAUCAGUACACUUAUAGAAAGCUAUUAGAUUUCCAGAAGUAAAAAUCUGGUAGUUUGAAAUGCAACGUGUGGCCCAUUAUUUUUUGGUUGAAGAAAUACAUGCCUGGUGAUGGAUGUAUAAAUUAGGUGGCCUGCAUUGCUAAGAAAAAGCUGAUCAUAAAUACUGAGCUAUGUUUGGGAAAUCAGAGAGGUUACCUAUGUUGAUCCUUGGUGAGAAUCGAUGCUUCUAAGAGUACUUCGAGGUUUUGCCUUCUUAUUUUGCUUGUAAUGAGAAAUUUCUGGUGAAUUCGGGUUUUAAGUGUCUGUAGAAGUCAUGGAUGCCCCAUCCCUGGAGGUGUUCAGGGCCACGUUGGAUGAGGCUUUGAGCAACCUGAUCCAGCAGAAGGGGUCCUUGCCCAUGGCAGGCGGUUGGAACUGAAUGAUCUUUAAAGUCUUUUCCAACCGAAAUCAUUCUGUGAUUCUGUGAUGCUUUCUGUGGAGCAGUGUUUGCUUGCUUGUUUGGUCGGCAGGGAUUGAGGAUCCACUCUUUCAGUCUGGGCAGAAAUAGCAGCUUUGUUUUUGAUGUGCAAUGGGAUAACAGAAGUAAAGGAGUUACACUGUUGAAUCUGGUGAUUAAUUCUUAACUUGAAUAAUCUUAUAGUGAAGUGUAAAUUUAUUUAGAAUUAUUUUUACAAAAAUCUGCACUGUUUUACUGUGGUUUUAUAUUCUGCUAGGUGGCAAAGUGCAUCCUUAAAAAGCAUGCAAAUCUGGCAGGUGUUAGCUUAACUGUACAGAAUAAACAUAUUUCCUAGAAAAUGCCUUUAAAAAGCAUAAAUUAAGUUGAGAAAAUUAAACCUUGUUCAUGUAUCGAAUAUAUGGAGUUUAGUCUGAAAGGUAACUUAGCUUGCAAGCUAUUUUUAUAUUAUCACUAAAACUAUGCUAUUUGCGCUACUGUAAAUUUAUAUGUUACUGCUCAAGAAGGCUAGAGCAGCUCUCUAACUUUUUAAUAGUUUCCAAGCUUUGUUUUAACAGUUUGUCAAACUCUGCUUUGACCUACGCUUUCAUUGCUAUCUCUGUUAUAGGUCUGUGAACCAGGGCGGGGGUUCAGCUGUGGAAAUGUGGAAUGUUAUGAGACUAAUGUGGGGAACAUUCUCAUUUCAUUGUGUUUGGAUGAGGUUUUCUUGAAAGCUCAGUUCACCUUGAAAUUCUCUUUCAAUCUAAGAGGUUUUUAUAUCCUUUUAGCCCUCUCUGCCAGUCAGCUCUGGUUUUAAAGUGUUUUAUAUGACAUGUUAAUUUGACUUCUCUCCCACAUUAUGAGGGCACGCUAAAAAGCUGUUGUCUGUUGGCAUUACAAUGGAGUACUUUCUAAUAAUUUACUGUUCGUUUUAAAACACACUAGUAUGUAGAAGCAAGGACAAGUGUUUUUACUCUGUAUGAAAUCAUAAAUUUGUAAAGGUCAGUUUUAUUUUUGUUCUCACACUAAAAAUACAAAUUAUGUAGCCUACCUAAAAAUAACACACAGUAUGAGUUUUGUGUACCUAUUGUACUAUAUUUAUUGUAUGAGCUCUUAGAAGGCUUUCUAUACCCUUGUUUGCCUCUUCUAAAUUAGGUGUUAAAUGUGGAAAUUUUAUAUGACAGUAAUGCCAAUAAGGUUGGAUCUUCUUAGGUAUAAAAUUAUGGUGUGUCUUAAACUGAAAAUAACUUUUGUUUCCCCUUGUUGAUUUCUAUUGGUGCAGUUACUUUGGGUUUUAUAAAUAGGUUUUAAUAUUCAGAAUACCCAUUGGCAAAUCUGCUUGCUGACCUGACAACCAUUGUUGCUGAAUUCAUACCUUACUUGGAAGUUUUCCAUAAGACUAGUGAAAGUGGAGAAUUAUUUCCUACUUCAAAAAUGUACACUUUUAAAUUUGUUUACAGUAAUGAUAUUGCAUACUCCCGUCUUCUGGACACAAUAUGAGAGAACAAUGUACAUAUGGUACUUUGAUUUCUGUUGCCUGAGAGCGAAUGCUGGAUGGUGUUUAUUGACUUUUUUGGCUCCAUUCUUAUUUUGUUUUCUAUCUGAGUUGAGUCAGUAGAAGGAUAUGAAAUACAUAAUACUGUUUCUGAAGCUUAAGGGGUUUUGUUUCUUCUUAUGAAUGACACACUAUUGCACCAAUUCAAGAGUGGUAUGUCUUUUAAAAUCCUAUUUCCUUUUAACAAGACAGGUUGUGUUUUGGUCUUUGUUUUAAUGGUCCGUAGAGUUGUAUUAAUUUUUUUACAUACAGUUCAUUUUGUAGGUUUGUCAUGUGAAGCAUUACAGUGAGUGUCACCCCUGUAACAAUAAUUACAAUAUCUAUAAGCCCCACUAUCCAGGAUGAGAAGAGGAGGCUGUUUUGGUUAUCUAAACAAAUCGCAUUUUCUGGCUAGCUCUUUUUCCUUCAUUUUUCCCCCUUGUUCCCUUCUCUGGAAAGUUUUUUUUUAUCUUCCAUAGGCUCUGGAAAUUUAAUUUCAUGGGUAAGCCUUUUUUAAAAAAAUCUGUCACGGUAAGGUUGUUCAUGGAGUCAAAAUACUAUUUAAUUUCUGCUGUACAAAUGACAGGUGAAGGGCAGAAGCACUGUGAGCCAAAGGAGCGCUAGAACAAAAGCAAGUGGGUAUAAAAUUUCUGUAAAUAAGAUUUAGAUUAGAAACAAAUUUCCUAAUUACUGGGACUAAUUCUGGAACAGCCUUCCAGGCAGAAACCUACUUUGAAGGAAGAGCCAAGUAUAUCUAUGGAAGGAAUAAAAUGCAAAGUGGUGCCUGAAGAGUAGGCAACUAGACUUGAUAGAGGUCCCUUUGAGUCCUUUCCUAGAGUUUUGCUCUUCUGUUGGGUUUCCAAUCUUGACACAUUGUCAGUUUUGUUUUUAAGAUUCAAAUAUUAAAUGGUAAAUCAAGGGAAUACUCAACUACAACAUAACAACAAAGGUUGACUGCUCAAUUUUGGGUGGUGUUUGCCUCUGAUUUAGGGGAUUGAGGCAUAAAAAUACCCUGGCUAACGACCUAGUGUGAGAUGUAAUAGGUUGUAGUACUUGUUAUUCUCAGUAGGCUGUAAUCAAAAGCAAAUUGAGUGAGCAAAUGAUCUAUGAUCUAAACAAGAGAUCAGAAUAGAUGAUCUUAAACUUUCAUGUUCCUUACAGCCAGUUAUCCUCGAUCUGCCUUAACUUGAAUUCUUAACUAUGAGUAAUAUGCUCUUAAAUUACAUAGGUGUCAGGUCAAAUGUAACAGUUGAGAACUGAAAAUUGUGUUGCAGUCUUUGGCUUAUGUACAACACUGUUCUGUGUUGAUGUAGGGAAUUAGUGAGUAUCCCUGUUUCAGCAAAUGAGCUAAAGAGACUUGGCCAGUGAGUUGAGCUCUGGCUGUGAUCAGUGUGGCAGUUGUGAUGUGUUGUGUAGCACAGGCUUUCUACACAUGCGUUUUAAUUUUUUUAAAUGCACAUGCAACCUCCUGUGAGUCUGUGCCUGAAUGAAAGUAUCAAGAUCAAAGGGAAAACAAACAAACUUAAAACUAGCCAGGGUGAAGCAGAAGUGAACUUUUAUAGAUACAAUAUGCUGCUUUCCUUUAGGAAAAAUACUUCUGUUUUAAAUGUGUGCUGGAAUCUAGGCAGAUAUGUGAUUUCAGGAUAUGCACUUCUUUUUAUUUCCAGUGCAGGUAAUAUUUUUAGGAAUUAGUUGUACUGCUGAAAUAGGCACAUCAAUGCACAAUCUGCCAUUGCCACCUUGGUAAACUGAACGCUACCACAUGUACUGAAAUGCUGAGAUACUUGCUGGCUGGCUUCCCUGGACACCUAAGUGGGAAGAGCAGCUGGCAACUGUGAGCUGUGCCUUGCUGGGUGGCCAUUUGGGACUUCCACUGUCAUCUGUGUGUGGCCAGAGGCAGCCACCCUGAGAGGUGCUACCUCAGAGUGUGUCUCUGCAGUGGGGAGCUAAAGAUGUGACAGCCAGCCCCAUUGUUCAGGUCCUACUUCACAUGGGGCACAGUCCCCAACCCCCUUAACAGCACCUCCAGGCCCAGAGGAGGUGACUUAAGGAUGGAGUCUGAUAUCUGUGGCAAGCAACACACAGAAAUCCAGUGUUUGCAUAUGGAGUCGAGGUGUGGGAAGAAGAUGAAGGAGAAUUGCUGGUCUAAGACCAAAAUGAGACCAUUGAACUGCAAAAGGAAAAAAGGAAAGAAUGGCUCUAAUCUGGUUUAGAAGUUGUGUAUGUUUUAAUGGUAACUUCACAUGCAUCUGCUACAAAGUUGUAAUUCCACCAAAAGAUACUCUGUCAAAGCUGUUUUGUUAUCCAAGUCUAAUUCUUCUGAAAUUUCCAUUGUAUUGGCAUGCUUGAGGGGGAAAAGCCUCCCAAUAGGCAUAUUGAAAUUACACUGCUGAGGAGAGUAUUUCAGUUUCACAUUAAAAAGUUAAUUCUGCAGUAGGGUGUAUGAUAGGCCUAGCAGCUAUAGUAUCAUACAGCAUCCUCGAGGCCAGUGGUCUCCACGCUUUAUUUGAUUGCAUGCCCCUGUCAGUAAAAAAAUUCUAAGUGUGCACCCAGUAUAUGUAUAUUUAUAAAUUAUAUAUGUACUACUGUCCUAAUAUAUUAUGUACAUUACAGGAGUAGAUAUUGGAAAAAGUAUGAAAUGAAGAUUAUAUAAACACUAUUUUUAAAUUAUUUAAAAUUUUAUUUAUUAAUGGUACAAAAAAAAUACUUUCUUGUUGCACCUAAAUGGGUUCUCUUGCACACCCCCUGGGGUGUAUGCAGCUCGCUUUGAAAACCACUUCUUUGAGUCUUGAAGAGUUUUAACUUGAUGGGAACAGGUAUCAAAAUUAACAUGUUUGUAAUAAUGGUUUCUUUUACUCAGUGAAUAUAGACUGUUGACAUUACUUUAUGCUGCAUGACCAUGUUUUGAAUCUGUGUUUAUUCUGAGUUCUUAUAAAAUUUGAUGCAAGGGCUGUAAACUGUUUCACUGUUUUCCUGCACUGUAUAUUAAAUGACAAAAAAAAAAAAUGUCAGCCUUAAGUGGUUUGCAGAGAUGCAAAGCCAGUCCACUUCUGAGGGGAAGGCAUAUCCCUUGCCAAACACAGGAAUGUGUUAGUGCUUGGCUUUAAAGGCUAGUAUCAUUUCUCAAAUGACUUGCCCUUUCUCAAAUGUUCUCUAAGGAAUUAUAGUAUUUAGUGCUCGACUCCAUAAAAGGAAUUUAUUUAAUUUUCUUGCUGUAUCUUUCAUGGUGUUUGUUCUGCUGAACUACAGUUGAAAUAAUUUUGCAGUACGCCUGUUCUUAAAUCUUGUUGUUGUAAACUGGCAUAAGUGUUUCAUUGUAUUUCAUACCAGUUUUUAAAAAUGGCUGGGGCAAAUGAGCGUUUUACUGUACACGCAUUGGGCUGCGUAAAGAAGUCAAGAGAUGUUUUUAAAUGCCUCAAGUGUCUAGAAGUACUUAGGAUUUUGUUUGAUUUGAGUGGAAAGGUAGAUGUUCUAUUAAAAUAUAACAGUGAUGAGGUUUUCUUUGAACUGUAACAUAUACCUGUAAAUCUCAGCUUGAAGGAUCUCAACACAAACAUGGAAAAUGAGUCAGAGCGGAGAACUCUUAAUGGGCCAACUAGAUCUGGAGAAGUAAGUGCAGGCAGUAGCUGAAUUUCGUCUGUAUUUCAGUUGCAGUGAUAUAACAAUGUUUCAUUUGAGUUUUCUUCACAAUGGGUGUUACUUUAAUCUUCAAAGAAGAUGAAAUUACUUUCAACUUGUUGAAUUAAUAAAGUACAUGAUCACUGUUUGAAACGCAGCAGUUCUUGAUGAACGUGGAAGUUAUGGCACAGAUACAUUCGGGCUUCCUGUAAAUAAACUCAAGGUUUUUGAAGGCUGUUUUCAACUUCUGUGUAUUUCUCCUCAAGUUUCCCCAGACCACAAGGUGAAAGGAGAUUUUUGGGUUUGGUUGUUUUUCUUGACUACAAGAAUACUUAGGAAACUCAAAACAAUUAACAGGCCAGUUAAUAAUCUGUAAACUACUCCUGGGUGGUGAAUUGUGUGAGAGGGAAGGGAAAGGUUUGGGUUACCCUUACAAUGUGUAGUUAGAAAUUGUCUCCUCUAGUUGGCUGCCCACACCUCCCUGUGGCAUUAGAAACAGCUGUCUUCAUGUGGUCUCAGGAUUAAGUUCGGUGCUGCCUGUGAGAAUAAAAUCGUGGGAACCUCCCCUUCGAUCCAAGACCUAUUCAGGCUAAUUGAAGAAUUAUUCUUGACCUGAUUAAGUAACUUGAACCUACUAGGUGCCAAAGUAAAAGACAAAUCAAGCUUUAACAUAACAAAGGACCUAAUGAUAUUUUUUUAAUAAAGUAAAUGCUUUGGCUCCAGUAGGAGCUGCAACUUCUCUGCUGUGCUUAAAGUUAACCAGGGCUGCAAGAGUGGUUUCUCCUGAUAAGACUAUGAAAACAGCAGUUAUGCAGAAUUAGUUGGGGAAGGGAAUUGGCUGCAGUAUAAACAAGCAACCAGGUGGAUCAUUUGGGUUUCUCCGCUGUGUUUUGUGUUUGGAGAUUGCUGUGAAUGAAGAUGUGUGGGGAUAAUGGGCAGUAUGAAUCUAAGGAUAUGAAGUAGAAAGACGGGCCUCAAAUAGGUGAUUUUUGUAAAGCAGCUACUAGUGUUUCUGUGGAAGCAAGGCUUGGUUCCUGGAAUGUGAUCCUAGGUAAUGUUAGUGUGAUCUUGCAUAGCAGCACGUAAGAGUGUGCUGCUCCUGUGCUUUCACAGGAUUGGGUGUGUUAAGGUGGAAGAAAUAGACUCAAAUGUUGUGUUUAGUACACUAGGCCUGAAAUGUACUCAGUGUUCGUAGACCACAGGCUUAAGUGUAGUUAUAGGUGCAGAAUGUUUCCUUUCAUCGCAGCUGUGGAGGAGCAGAAUAUUUCUUUCUGAAACUUGUUUUCCUGGGAGCAAAUCUAACAUGGAGUUUGCACAUUGUGGUCAAUAUUUCUUCUGAAUUUGUGAAUAUGUAACAUAAGCCAGGACUUGGGAGAAACUUCAACUGAGUAAGUUUGUAACUGCUUAAUCUAUAAGGCUGCUUUUAAACUUAAGUCAACUCAUCUUGAUCUUACUUGGUCCCCUUUGGUGCUGAGGAUGUGCUGAAUGGGAGAGACCAGGAUGAACGAACUACAGCAGCUCUUUGACAUUCCCUGGCUUGUCUUCUGGGAAUGGGCAUGAAUGCUGAGCUUUGGAGAGGAUUUGGUGAAAAGAACCAGAGGAUUUUAAAAAAGGGGAAGGAGAAACUGGAAUGAAAGGUGAACAAGAGCUGCAGAAUGUGUGGGUAUGCAGAGCUGUGGAUUUCCUAGUCUUUGAGACCAAAGAGAAGAUGGUUAAGCAAAACCUUAGAAACUUCACAUCGUGUAUACAUAAAGGAAAAGUAUAGCAAUUGUUUGGUCAAGGUAAUUGUGACCUCUUUGUGUGUUGAUUAUGAUUUGAACUAAACUAAUGCCCAGCCUCUUAUCUGUCUGCAUUGUAUUCAAGCAAUUUUUUUUGGACAGAAGUGUUUUGGGCUUUGUCUUUUUAACUUAAUCUGGUUGUAAUUUUUUUUGAAGUAAUUGUUCUGCCUGAAUAGUCUACCUGCUUUUUUAAAAAAGAUGAUGCCUGCUCUUAUGUACAAAGAUGUAUGGAUGUGUGUAUAAUAAGAAUUGGUAUGAUGUGAUGUGAUGGAUACCUUAUUUUAGGUCGUAGAUAGCCUCAUCUCUGAAACCUCCUCAAACCUUAAAUGUUUUUAGGAUAGAUGUUCUCCUUCAGGUCACUCUGGGACCCAGCAUGUUUAUUCUCUUUACUCCUCUUCCAACUUAAAUGCCUUCAUGAAAAACUGGGGAGAUGCAGCCAGAGACUCACUGGCUAAGAGAAACUGCAGUAUCUCUAACCAAGGAGAACUGUAAUUUGAACAGCUUUCUCAGCAGCUCUGUGUUUAGUAGUGGUGGUUUCCCCUAGUUCUGCCCUGUCCAUGGGGCAACUCUUUCUUUUAUCAUAUUCUCCCUUAAACCAAUUCAAUUGAAUAAAUUAUUAUACUUGGGAAACGUUUCUUGCUAUGGCUUCAUCAGUGUGGUGGUUUCCCUCUUCAUAUCCACUCUCCCCCUUCUUGUGUCCCUUGCAGCUACCUUGUUCAUUCUGAUGCAGAUCUCUCCAGGACACAGACUGUAUCUUAUGCACUGCAUGCAUGUCAGUAAUGAUUUAAAUAUGGUUAUUUUUACAUCACUUUGUUACUGAGGUCCCUGAUGUGCUUUAAUCAUCUUGGAGUAAUUAUGUGUUUAUCCAGCAGAGAGCACUAACGACACUGCUAUCUUUUAGUUGAUAUUCCCAUCAAAUUAUUCUGUAUUGUCUUAUUUUGUGUUACAGAACACUGGGCUGGGAUUGGGUCUGUAGGUUUUUCUUUGAAUUAGUGCAUGGCUGAAUUUCUACUAUAAAUAAUUCGGUGGAGGAAGAAUGCAAAGCAAGAGUCUGCAGGAAAUGCUGAACUAGCAUUCACACAGUUUGGAGUUGUGGCAAUACUCCUGUCUCUCCUUUACACUGAAUAGCUUAGUGAAGGCCUUAAACAUGGAAGUUGGUCAGCAUUCCGAUUUGAGCUGCUGGUGCCAGGACUGUCAGGAUGAGUGGCUGACUGCUGGUGCUACAGGUAUCUUAAAGGUCUCAGGAAAGUCCAUGGUAUAAUCGAAGUGUUUUCUGCCUCUUUGUAUGUAGGCAAAAUCUUAUCAGAGUGGCUGAAAAAGUGUUUUUAUUAAUAAUCUUUUAGUGUCUACCUUGCUUCAGAGCCAAAACAGUCAGGCUGGACAUGAGAUAAUUUACUGGAGAUGAAAUUUCUAGAGUCCUCGUGGGUGAUGUAGCGUGAAUGGGAAAGACUAGCUUGUCUUUUGAGACAUCAAAUGGAGUUUGUGGCCAGCAGUUUAAAAAUAACAAUCCCUUUGCUUAUUUUGUGAGAAAAUUAGAUGGAGCCAAUGAGAAAAUAUGAACAGACCCAUAAGAAAUGUUUCAAAUUAACUAUGGGAGAGUAUCUCAAACUUGUCCUGGGUAAAAUGCUGCCCAGUAUUCCAAUUGCAUUUGCUCACAGUGAACUGUUAACCUUUCUUCUGGAGCAUGAAGAUGCUGCAUGUAAGAGAAAAAGGUGUUCUAAUCCUCCCUUAGGGUUAUAGAAGUAUUUUAAUAAUGUGACCUCUGCCUAUAUAUUUAGGAACGUUACUUUACAAUCUGAAACAAUCGUACUGAGAAGCAUGAGUUACAGUAAUUCCUCUCAGUCUUGGAUGAAUUUAAGAAUAACUGUCCGAAGGAAAUAUCUUUAUUAUUUUUAAGGACUUAAAGGAAAAAAAGCAACAACUGCACUGUGAAGCUGAGGAUGAACUUGUAGUGUUACCUCUAAGCUUACAGUAUUAGCUGAUGUUUGGUUUGAAUUUAGUUUAGGAGACAUCAGUACUGUCUUGGAAACAAGUCCCAGUUUUUAUCCUUGCUACUUUGCUUCUAAUAGAAAAAAUUCUGUUCAACACGUGGAGAAGAUCUUAGUGUGAAUAAGGUGGUGUAUUUAUUGAAAUAAGCUGACUUAUAUAACAUUAAAAAAUAGCAUCUUUUAUGUUUAAAAAUCACAUUGGUAUGGAAAAUCUGCUUGCUUAGGGAAGAAGCUGUAUUGGUUAGUAGAAUUUAGAGGUUUUCUGAGUGAAAAUGGAUACUUUAAAACUUUAAAGAGAGCAGUCAUAGUUGUUACUGGAAGACACAUCAAUUUUGUAUAUUUUUUCAAUAAUAUGAAUGCAAUUAAUGCAGAUAUCUCAUAAGCUAAUUCUUUUUUUUUGCUUUUAAUUGCAUUUGUCAAUUGAUCCUAAAAUCUACCAUCUGGUAACAAUCUGUGUUAAAAUAUUGGCCUGCUUGAAAUUAAUGGGAGUCCUGCCAUGUACAUCAAGUCCAGGAUUUCACUCUGCGCUUCAUCUUGCAUGACUAUUGCUAUUUAGGGUGUGGCAAAUAUCCUAUAUUCUGCAUCCUGAUUUAUGUGAGCAUUUGCUGAGCAGAUGUUAGGGAGCUAAACUGGUUCUUUUCAAUCCAUCUCUUCUAUAGCAAGUGAAAAAGUGAGGCCAGACUGGUCUCAGGUGUGAUUCUAUUCACUUGGGAUGCUUACAGAGAUUAUAGUUUCUGACGAGUCACAAAUAUCGUGCUGGAUUUUAAAGAUGCAGCAAUAAACUAAACAAGGGUUUAUUACUUCUGCUGUUGUAAGUGAGCUGACCGAGCCAAGGCUGCUGCUACGUGAGUGGUGAGGGAGGGGUGAGCAGAGACAAGGCUAAAAGAGUUGGGGCCAGGCAGGUGCGCUGGGCUUCCAGUUCAGCUGCAGACUGGUGCCCUUCCUUAUCCAGAUCAGCACCUCUCACUGAAGUGGGGUCACUGCUUGUGGCAAGGGAGAGUGCCUUUAUAUGUAUAAAGCACUUGAGUCCCCAUUUUUCAGGAUAAGCAUUUAGUUAAAGAUACAAAAUAGGAGUAGCCAUUCCUGGUUGGUUUAAGAGAACAGUAAGAAAAACCUCCCUUACCAAUAUUUUUCAGUUGCUAAAUACCCUGUGCACUUCCUAGCUCAAUAACUUUGUAUGGGGGGAGGAUGUUUGUCAAAAACCCAGUUUAUAAUGAAGAUAAAAUAAGAACACAUAACUGGCAUAUCUUAGCCAGAACCCACUGUGGGAGUCACUCCCACAGUUAUGUCUGGUGCUCGCCAACUCCUACUGAGCCUGGUAUUUUCCCAUUGCAUUGUUUUUACUGAUAGCUUCCAUUCAAUAACGACAGAAAUCCUUGCAAGGGUGAAAGAGAUUAGCACUCUUUAUAAUUGAGUAAAGAAGUGUUAAGUCGUUUCCACAGCCACUGAACACAGUGUCGUCUGUAUGAUAAAGUGAUCUUAUGAUUUUAUCCUUUUUUUCUUUACUGAAAACAGGAAAUGAGCAUUUUAUCCCAUGUGCAGAUAUAAACUUAAAAUCUUUCCUAUUUUGAAUCUUUUCUGGAAAGGAGCACUAAAUGAGACAGGAAGGCUGCCAGAGAACUGCUAAAAUACCCAGCUCAUAGAUGUAUAGUUCCAAGAAGAAUCGGUGUAUGCUUUAGUGUCACAAAACAUGAAGUAAAUUUUUAUGAGCAAUAAUAGUAAGGAAAUAAAGCAGUGAGAAUAACUUUUUUUUUCCUCAUGGCUCCCAAGGAAGAGUCAUAUGUAACAAAAACUAUUUAAAUAUUACUGCUAUUUAACUGGGAACUCCUGAUAUAACAGCAGGAGACAAAAGCUGAGCUUGAUUUCUUGAUGGAAAAGUAUGCUUCAGAUAACUUUCCUGUUCUGUAACAUCCCCCACUGCAGAGGGAUGUUGUCAGCCUGCAGCAUUCAGACCCUUUAGACCCCCACUGCUCUGUGAGUGCAGAAGAGUCACGAUAAUAAAUGUUUCCAUCUGUUUCUGCUUAGGAGUUAGCGUCUCAUCCUAUCCUCCAUAGUGAGCCAUGCACUUCAGAUGGCCAGGCGGGAUUAUUUCCGUUAGCAAGAACCAAGAUCACACCCUGAAAAGCCUCAUCUGCUCCAAACCUGCUGUAGAUUGCCUGCUGAGCAAUGCAGGUCCCUAUAAGAUCAUCACACUGAUGUCCUGUAUGUUGCCGAGGUCCUUUCCCAUAGGCUGUCUUGCUGUUCCAAGCCCUCAGGAGGAAUAGCCCUGGCAGUCAGAGAUAGUUGUUGUUCUGCGUGUAUGGAUUUCUGCAGCAGGUGUUUUACUGUGGCCACAGAUCUGUGCAGUAAAUGUAAAAUAUUUGCAUAUAGGAGCCAGAAUUUGUGAGAGUUGGACCUUGGCUUUGGAGCUGUGUGUCAAAAGAGGUACAAGAAUGACCGCAGGCUCUGAAUAUUUGACAUGAAGCAUUCAACUCCUCCAGUGAGCUUUUCUCAGUUGCCCUGCUUCUGUUUCCCUCCCCUCCAGCCCAGUGAUCCAAGUCAGGUAAUUUACGCCUACCUGCUGGAAGGAAGGAAGGAAGGAAGGAGAGGUGAUUGAUGAUGUUGGUUUUAGCGCUUGCAAGGUGCUCCGAGGCUGCAGUGGUGACUGCCAAGUGAGAACCUCAGCCUAUAAACACCUGCAAAUCUUUGUCAUGCUUCAACCGUUUGUGAAUUCUCUGGGAAGAUUAAGCACAUGGGAGUAAAGCUUCAUACUACAUCAUCUCAUUCCUGAGUCUAUUUAAUGUUUGAUUAAUGCAGAGGUAGGAAGUUGGUGAACGUUCAGUUUAAUAAGCACUUCUACGUUCGGCGCUGAAAUAUGCGAUUUACAUAAAGUGGUUUGGUUUUUAGGGAAGUGUCUCAUGAGCACUUUUGUAAACUCUGCAGAGCAGGGACCAUGUGUAUGCCAGUGUCUGGCCAAUAUAGCUUUUAGGCAUAGUUUUUUAGAUCUUAAUUUUCUAUUAUUGGCAAAAUUAGUACUAAAUAAUAGUUCAUAGCCUUAUUGAAAUUGUUUGGGUUUUUCUUUUGUUGAAACUACUGUGUUGAUUUUAUUUAAAACAGAAAAAGCCGCUCAGACUAGCAUGCCAGUACUUGUAGGAAGAUUUCUAAAUUCCCCAGUGUAUCUUUUGGUAUGUUCCUCAGUCGCCUUCUCUUCCAAAUGAUCUCUAAGUCUGUAGAAGCUGUUUCUCCUCAGUUUUUAUCUGUACUCUGUCUCUCUCUGUUACGUUGUCUUAGAUAUAAGGUGUAAUGAGUGGAGUUUGCAUGCUAACCAGAACCUGCUUCUGCUUCAGGAGACAUCAACACCCUAUGAAAAAAAAAUCAUUCUUGUGUCGUCUUAAAGAUGCUUCAUAUUACAAGUAGAAAUUUAACGUGUUUUAAGAUGUUUAAUAGGUAUUAAAUGUAAUACAAUGCCCAACCCUUUCUGCAGAUGACCGUUGACCAGCACAGCGAAAAUGUGGAGAAUUACUUGUGUGUAGGAGCUAGUUAGACUAACUUGAAGUAGAAAUCAGACUAAUUGAUAAUUUUAAUGGUUCUUAAGCUGACAAAUGUGUCCUAAAGUCUUGGGUGAAUGAGCCAAAUUAGCAACUGGCAGCUAUCAGAAGGGAGACAGAUCAUCCUAUUUUCUCCUCAUACCUUUUAUUUGGCUUUGAUGUUUCUGACUGUAUUUAAAUCAACUUAAAGCAUUUCAAUGCCUUUCGAUUCUGCUGAAUGUUCCCACAGAUAUUCUGGCUUGUUUUCAAAGCAGUGUAGCGUGGGGUGAUGGGUUUUUUGUUGGUGUUUUUAAGUUCUGCUGGGAUAGUGAAUUGCAUCAACCUACUUCACAAUUAGACAAGUGCUGGUGUCGGCACAAGGGAGAGAGUGACCUGCACAGCUGGGGAGUGAAGGGAAUGGGUUGAGUACAGGGUAUUGCAGAAGGAGAGAGGGAAAACUUCCAUUUCUAGAACGGCUGGCAUCUUAAUUUGUCUCAGUUUUAUCAUAGCAUUAAAAUUUGUUCUUCCAUGUAUUAUAAACAUUUCCUGUAGAAAGCUGUAGGAAUGCAAGGAAGAGAAUGCGGAGAUGUCCUGCCUGUUAAUUGAAGGAUGCAAAAUCCUGCUAGCUAAUUAAUUCACUAAGGAGAUAUAUAU